AUUUUGGUAGAUGGAAACUAAUUAAAAAGAACGUGAGACUAUUCAUGUUCAAACAAUUUGUGUUUAUUAAGUUAAAGACAGCUUUUAAAAGACAUUAUGGCUUCUUCGAGGAAAUUUUUCGUAGGUGGAAACUGGAAAAUGAAUGGAAACAGUGAAAGCAUUGCUGAAAUCGUUAAAAAUUUGAACAAAGCAGAAAAAGACUUUACGCGAACAGAAGUGGUAGUUGCUCCACCAGCCAUUUAUCUUAAACAGGUUGUGCAAGAUCUUAAUGGAAAAGUUGCAGUGUCAGCACAAAAUUGUUACAAAGUUAGCAAAGGUGCAUUUACUGGCGAAAUAAGUGCAGAAAUGAUCAAGGAUGUUGGUGCUAAAUGGGUUAUUCUCGGACAUUCAGAAAGGAGACAUGUGUUUGGAGAAAAAGAUGAGCUUAUUGGUGAAAAAGUUGGUCAUUCUUUGUCGGCUGGGAUUGGAGUGAUUGCGUGCGUGGGCGAACUGUUAAGUGAGAGGGAAAAUGGAACUACAAAUGAUGUUGUCUGUAGACAAAUCAAAGUCAUUUCUGAAAAUGUAGCAGAUUGGUCAAAAGUUGUUAUAGCUUAUGAGCCUGUAUGGGCUAUUGGCACUGGUAAAACUGCCACGCCAGAACAAGCUCAAGAAGUUCAUCAAAUGAUCAGAGGAUUCUUUAAAGAGAAUGUGUCAUCUGAGGUUGCAUUGUCUGUUAGAAUUAUUUAUGGAGGCUCGGUGAAUGCAAAGAACUGCUGUGAAUUGGCUGCAAAACCCGAUGUUGAUGGAUUUUUGGUUGGUGGAGCAUCCUUGAAACCUGAGUUCAUAUCGAUUAUUAACUCCCGAAAUUAAUAUCUUUAGCUUAAAGCCUUAAAUAAAGUUUCUCUAUUGAAA